AGAAGCGGCCAGGCUGGAUCAGGAUGAGGUAAACGUCGUUGUCGCUUCAUCCCCCGCCAAAUGUCGUUGUCGCUUCAUCCCCCGCCCCGCAGUCACGCCCGCCCGUUAGAUUGCAAGUUGCAGACCGCUGUGGGUCGUGUUAUUCGCCGCGGUCAGAACAGGCCUCUCCGCCAGCCCUCGCCGCAGCUUGGCUUCGUCGUUGCGAGCGCCGGGGAGGCUGUGCCCGCGGAGGGCGGAGGAGGGAGCCCACUUCGGGUUUGCGUCCCGCUCCGCUGCUCUGCCCCAGAGCCAGCCAAGGGCGACGCUCGGAGGCCUCCGGCCGGGAGAUCAUCUGCAGAUACCAACGAAAAUGAAAUAAAGUCAAAUGAAGAGCCACUUCUAAGAAAGAGUUCUCGCCGGUUUGUCAUCUUCCCAAUCCAGUACCCCGAUAUUUGGAAAAUGUAUAAACAGGCACAGGCUUCCUUCUGGACAGCAGAAGAGGUGGACUUAUCAAAGGAUCUCCCUCACUGGAACAAACUUAAAGCAGAUGAGAAGUAUUUCAUCUCUCACAUCUUAGCCUUUUUUGCAGCCAGUGAUGGAAUUGUAAAUGAAAAUUUGGUGGAGCGCUUUAGUCAGGAGGUGCAGGUUCCAGAGGCUCGCUGUUUCUAUGGCUUUCAAAUUCUCAUCGAGAAUGUUCACUCAGAGAUGUACAGUUUGCUAAUAGACACUUACAUCAGAGAUCCCAAGAAAAGGGAAUUUUUAUUUAAUGCCAUUGAAACCAUGCCAUAUGUUAAGAAAAAAGCAGAUUGGGCCUUGCGAUGGAUAGCAGAUAGAAAAUCUACUUUUGGGGAAAGAGUGGUGGCCUUCGCUGCUGUAGAAGGAGUUUUCUUCUCAGGAUCUUUUGCUGCUAUAUUCUGGCUAAAGAAGAGAGGUCUUAUGCCAGGACUCACUUUUUCCAAUGAACUCAUCAGCAGAGAUGAAGGACUUCACUGUGAUUUUGCUUGCCUGAUGUUUCAAUACUUAGUAAAUAAACCUUCAGAAGAAAGGGUCAGGGAGAUCAUUGUUGAUGCUGUCAAAAUCGAGCAGGAGUUUUUAACAGAAGCCUUGCCAGUUGGCCUCAUUGGAAUGAAUUGCAUUUUGAUGAAACAGUACAUUGAGUUUGUAGCUGACAGAUUACUUGUGGAACUUGGAUUUUCAAAGUUUUUUCAGGCAGAAAAUCCUUUUGAUUUUAUGGAAAACAUUUCUUUAGAAGGAAAAACAAAUUUCUUUGAGAAACGAGUUUCAGAGUAUCAGCGUUUUGCAGUUAUGGCAGAAACCACAGACAACGUCUUCACCUUGGAUGCAGAUUUUUAAAAACCUCUUGUUUUAAAAUUCUAUAAACUCAUCAUUGAUAAAUAGUAGUCUACUUACCUCUGCUUUAGAAAAAAAAACUUAAAAGUAUAUUCUUUAAAGAACUGGGGAUUUGCUCUAAAGGAAAUCCAAAACCUAUUCCAAACAGUUUGCAUUUAUAUAAUUUUCCUGUUUAACAAGAAUGUGACCUAAACGCUUUUGUCUUGGCACUGAAAUAUAAGAUGGCAUUAUAUAGUUAAGAGCAUGGGUGAGGGGCCAGACAUGAGUUUAAGGUUCUGUCAUUAACUCCAGUGUGUGAUCCUUGGCAAGUCAGUUAAUCUUGGUAAACCUCAGUGUACUUGUCUUUAAAAUGGGAGCCAUAGUGGGUCCUAAAUUCAUAGAGUGGAUAUGAGGAUUAGGAUGCAAAAAUAAAUGCUUAACCAGCACUACUAUUGUUACACCACUACUGAUUAUCAUGUUGUUGAUAAUGUUAACUGCAGUGAUGUUGUAAUCAAAUACUCUCAUUUCCUUCAAGUAAUUGUGAUUCUAAGUCCUAGGAUCUAGAAUUAGAAUUUUGUAUUUUUAAUGCUUAGGGGAAUAUAAGUAUCUCCUUAAAAAGAACAUAAUUCUCAUUAACACAAGAAUAAGUUCUUUGAAUUCCUCAGUAUGUAGUAAAGAAAAUUUGGUUCUUAGUUGCUUUGGGAAGCCUACUUCGGGAGUGGAAACCGGGAGGUUAUCCUGGUAGUUGACUUUGUAAGCAAAAUGAUUCUUCUUCAGAAAUUAAAAAUAUAACUAUUGCCAGAUUUAGCCCUGGAAUGUUCAGAAACAGGCUAGAGUAGCAUGUUCCAAAGAAUAUUCUAGGAGCUGUUAGCCCCUCUAGAUAUUUUGUGGGGAAAAAAGGGAUUCUGUGGUCAGAUGAGUUUGGGAAGAACUUCAUUCUUUUUGAGCAAGUACAGUCAUUACAUCAAAGACUGAGCAAUUCAGUGGCACAUAAAUUUAUCUCACCCUGCAUAUCCCCAACAUACUUAACACAGAUGUUUUUCACCUGUUAACAUCUCAUCCAGCUAGUGUUCCUCAGAACAAAGGUUGGAAAAAGCUGGCCUAGAACCAUUUAUACAUAGAGGAAGGGCUUAUGGACUAAGAAAGGGAGAGCACACGGUAGGGAUUAUUGAAUCGUUUCAAAUUUAUGCCAGGCUGAAUAGUGUACCAGCAAUUGACUUUGGCUGUGUUUCUUUAUGCUUUUAAAACUCUUUUGAGCUGUUAUAAGCGAUAGUUUUAUUUUGUUUUUUUGUUCGUUUGAGAUGGAGUCUUGCUCUGUCACCAGGCUGGAGUGCAGUGGCGUGAUCUCUGCUCACUGCAACCUCCACCUCCUGGGUUCAAGCAAUUCUCCUGCCUCAGCCUCCCAAGUAGCUGGAAGUACAGGCACCUACCACUAUGCCCAGCUAAUUUUUGUAUUUUUAGUAGAGAUGGGGUUUCACCAUGUUGGCCAGGAUGGUCUCAAUUUCUGGACCUCGUGAUCCACCCACCUUGGCCUCCCAGCACUUGGGAUUACAGGUGUGAGCCACCAUGCCCAGCCAAGAGAUAGUUCUUUUAAUGUGACUAUGCUAUCUGAAAGCCAAAGGUGAGGGAAAUGGAGGACGCUCUGGAAGAGACUGAGAAAAGGCCGGGAACGAAGGUUUUUGAGAAGUCUGCCCCUGUUUAUUUUUAGUAAGUAUCAAGAGGUAGCCUGAGCCUAGUUAGAGUUAAACCUAUCUUUGGAUGAUGGAGUGUUAUACUGAAAUACUGGAUUUUUAAUAUAUUAGUUUAUGAUUUGGUAUUCUGUAUACCCCUUCAGGUAGGUGUUUCCCACUCCCAACAAACUGUACUUUAUACAAUUCUGGAUGCUAAAACUUAGAGAUUUUCUCUUUGCAUAAAUUUUGGCUCGAUUCUUUCCAUAACAGUCUAAUCAAAACUGGGAGUUCUCAAGUGAAUGCAAAAGGAGCAGGCCAUAACUUUAUUCGUUAGAGAGACUGUCAGAAACUUGAGCUCUUUUGGCCCAUGAUAAUAC